CAUUCUGCCCUCUUGAUAGUGAAGUUUUCGUCCGUCAGUUGGUGAAUGAAUGGAGAGUUGUUGGGUUUUUGUGUGAAGUGGACUGAUCAUUUUAAACCAUUCUUUCAAAAUUAGGUUUUUUUAAAAUUUGAGACUGGAUUUAUUCGAAACCGAGAUUCGAUAAAGAUUUGUUGCAGAAGCACAGCUGCGGUGACGACGAUGGCUGAGUUUGUCCAGCGCCUGGGCGCUUGUUUCCCGGCCUGUCAGUCGAGUCAGAGUGACCGGGCGCAGCGCAGAAGGAGCCGGGAAAUCGACGCCUUACUGGCCCGGGAGAGGCGCUACGUGCGGCGGCUGGUGAAGAUUCUGCUGCUGGGCGCCGGCGAGAGCGGCAAAAGCACUUUCCUCAAACAAAUGAGGAUUAUUCACGGCAAGGACUUCGACAGCAAGGCGCUGGAGGAGUUCAGGGACACCAUCUUCGAGAAUGUUAUUAAGGGUAUGAAGGUCUUGGUGGAUGCAAGAAACAAGCUGGGCAUUCCUUGGGAAAAUACUGAAAAUGAAAAGCAUGGAAUGUUUGUUAUGGCAUUUGAAAACAAAUGUGGAAUGCCAGUGGAACCAGCCACAUUUCAAUUAUAUGUGCCAGCACUGAGAGCCCUCUGGCAAGAUUCUGGAAUCCACGAAGCGUACAACAGAAGGCGAGAAUUUCAACUGGGUGAAUCUGUCAAAUAUUUUCUGGAUAACCUUGACCAAAUUGGACAACUGAGAUACCUUCCUAGCAGACAUGAUGUCCUCCUUGCAAGAAAGGCCACCAAAGGAAUUGUGGAACAUGAUUUUAUCAUAAAAGGCAUUCCUUUCAAAAUGGUAGAUGUAGGUGGUCAACGAUCUCAACGACAGAAGUGGUUUCAGUGCUUUGAUGGCAUUACGUCAAUUCUGUUCAUGGUUUCCUCCAGUGAAUAUGACCAGGUUCUCAUGGAAGACAGGCGGACAAACCGUCUGGUAGAAUCGAUGAACAUUUUUGAGACUAUUGUAAACAACAAAUUAUUUACUUCUGUCUCUGUUAUUUUGUUCCUCAACAAAAUGGACUUGCUUGUAGAGAAGGUGAAAACAGUGAAUAUUAAGAAAUACUUCCCAGACUUUCAAUGGAACCCUCACAGACUGGAGGAUGUACAAAAAUACUUGGUGCAGUGCUUCAAUAACAAACGGCGAGAUCGCAGCAAGCCACUGUUUCACCACUUCACAACGGCCAUUGACACAGAAAACAUUCGGUUUGUGUUUCAUGCUGUGAAAGACACUAUUCUGCAGGAGAAUCUAAAAGAUGUAAUGCUGCAGUGAAGGGUGAAGAAGUGAGAUAAUUGUGUUUGGAAUUGCUCCUUGGUAUUCCCUGUGCCACUAGCACUUUCAAUUCAGACUGGCGUGGAGUCUGGCCAUGUGUAGAGAGAUUGCAGUGAUAUUACGUGGAAGCUUAUUGGCAUCAAGGAAGUGCUUAUAAAUGUCCUUUUUCCAGUUCUGUAAAAGUUCUCAGAAGCAUAGUGAGCAGUAGUUCUAGACACUCAUUGCACUAGGGCCUCUUUUUCUGAUUUGUGCUGAAUGGAAAAGGUGGGCAAUGAUCAAUCUGAGUUUCAAGUACCAAAUUGGCUUGUACCAAGGGUGCUUUACAUGGAAGUCUGUAUGGACAAUAGUAGUAGGUUAUUAUCCAAGCUACUCAGUGGGUUCUGCCCCAUUCUGGAAUUCAGCUAUUUACUGUUGCUGAAUGUAAACUAUCUAAGAUGUGAAGUCUCUUGGCAGAGUGAAUGGCAUAAGUAAAUGCUGGUUUUUAAGGAGAAAACUGGGUUGCAAUAAAAAAUGGGUUCAAAUUACAGCCAUACUACUUAGAAAUUUGGAGCUGUAGUAAAAUGGACUGAGCUUGUCAGUUGGUUCAAUCGGUUUAUAACCCUUCCAUAGCCAGGUACAACUACUGUUUGGUACAGCACGGAAUUCAACUUCAUUGUGAAUGUGUAUUUGAUAUUUACAACUUUUUUUUUUAUAAAAUUCCUUUGCAGACUUGUCUUGUGUUGAACAUUCAUGAGUUGCAUGAAUUGUUAUUUGACCUUGAUGAGCAGAUAGAAACCUCUGCUAUCAAAAUCUAAUAGUUUUGUGCCAGAAGACAGAUUAGAAAUAUACCAUCUUUUAGUUCAGGGUUCUUGAGUGUAGAUUCUUGGCAAAUCAAAGAUUUUUUUUUAAACUAAGAACUACUAGAAAUAAACUGUGUUCUGUCUUAAAGCACCAUUGGAAAGUAUUUUUAUAUGAAACGGCCCAAGUUCCUGUUUUGAAGUAGCUAAUAUACUGCCACUUAGCACACACCAGGAGUCUUUUGAAAAUAGAAGUAACUAAUCCAGAUUCCAGUUGCAUUUUCAGUAAUGCUAUCAGUGAUACAGCACAAUUGAUUAUAACCACUGGUGACCAGAUGUAACCCAGCAGGCUUUCAGGUCUCAUUAUAGAUCUGGACAAUCCAGAUCUUAGCUAACCUUUUAUGUAGCAGAAAGUUGCACACACAAGCUUCCUCCUAAGCCUAUAGACAGGGUACUGAUUUGGGCUGAUUUCAGUAUCAUGUCACACUCUUUAAAAGAUAAAUGAAGCAGUUCAAAAGUAUUAAGUGUUCCUUUUUCAUAAAUUUUUGACCUACCUGUAGUUUUGAGCACUUUUCUUUGUUUUUGUUUACUCUGGCACUAUACUGAUAGCUGGUUAGAUAUUCAACCUUUUGGAUAUAAUCCUACUUCUGUGUUGCUGUUUUUUCUAAAAAUUCAGAUCUUAAUUCCAGCCAUUAUAACUACUUCAGACUCAUUGUCUUGGAAUCCCACAUUUAAUUUCUGUACCAAUUUGCCUCACACAUUUAGUAGGAAAUAAUUUUCAGCAAUGAAAUGGAAGCAAAACUAAGACACAAUUGAGUUUUGAUGCAAUGGUUGUUGCAUGUAGCAUUAACACAACAAGAAAACUAGAAGUGAUAAAUUUAAAUAGUUAACUUCCUAACCUGAACAGUUUGAUUUAGCCUGAGAUUAAAAUUUAUUUGGGGCAACAUUUUUUUAAAAAAAGGAAUGCCCUUUAAAAUGCAAAAUUAAGCUAAAUAUGUUAAUUCAGAAGGAAUAUGUUAAUGCUGGCAAAAAGAUAGAGACCUGUUGAAUAUUUGGGUUAACCUACCAAGAAAUAUGAUUUUCAAACUAAUUUUUACCAGUCUAUUUCAAACAAACAAGUAGUUAGUUUUGAUUUUUGGUGAAUAAAACUUGAUAAUGCAAGUUUGCCAGCCUAAACAAUGUGAUUCUCAAUUUGUUGGUGCAUGUUUUUUCCCAGCUGAUAUCAAUAUUGUCAAUAUUUUAUUCCAUCUCUUCACUGUGAAUUGUAAAGGAGUGGUUGCAGAGAAAUCCAACCAUUUUAAGAUAACAAAGCAUGGUAUUUACAAUGUUAUAUUUGAAUUUCUACUGGGAAUUUCUGCCUCAAGCUGCCAUCCCCUCACUGUCCAACCUUGGAUUUUACUGUAGAUUCAUAAUUUCAAUUAAUUCUCUAGAAAAAUGAAGAAAAAUUAAGUAAGAAAGAUAAUUACAGAAUUUUGACACUUUUGGUGAAAACUUCCAUUUUAGUUCUCCUUUCCACCUUUCUAUUUUUGUCUUCUGCCUUGAAGAAUUAAUGUGCACCUAGGAUGCUCUUCAUGGACAAGUAUUAAAAUGUAGUUGUUAUAAAUAGUUUUCCUUGGAACCAUUUAAAUGAAUUAACCAUUUUAAAAUCUCUUUCCACAAUUGUCCGACCUUACAAAAUUCACUUUGACAUCUUCAGGUUGAUUUUUAUUUGUUUGCUUAACCCUCAAGAUUUGGAAAUUGCACACAAGCAAAACUUUGCAAAGUGAGCAGGUAUUUAGCAUGAUACAAAAAUAGCUUGAUGCAUAAUUGAUUACUCCAUGUAUGUGAUUGAGAACCAUUGUGGCCAUCCUGUGGAGGUUUUGGCCAGCCCUUUGUAGAAUGUUCUAAUAAACACCCACAAUGUUCACCAGUCCAGGUUUUCAUCUUUCUGUUCCAUUAUUCUGUAGUCCUAUGUAACUUUCCUCCUUGGGCUACUUGCAAGUUGAUGCAAAAUUGUGCUAAAUAAGUUUUGUAUUAAAUGUUUCUGGCUAGUAUAUUUUAAUAUGUGCCAGAAUGAAUUAAUACAGAGCCUGGUGUGCAUGUGUUUUUGUUUUGGGUUUACACAAUUUGUAAUUUUCUUUAAGGUGCACUUCCUAUCUAAUAAUACUGGGAAAGAAAUAUUAAAAUAAUGCUGUUUGGCUCAUCAUUCAGCCUUAUUCAUUGCUUUAGCUAACCACAAUAUUGUUUGUUAUCUGUUCUAAUUUAUCUCGGUAUAAGCUGUUUGGAAAGACCAGCUUUGUUGGUAGAAGCACAAUAUUUCCAAGAGGAGUGUUAUUUGUAGUCAUUUCACUGUAGUGGUUGGUCUUGUUCUUGUUGUUAAAUGCAUUUUCAUAAAACUGUCCAAGAGACGUAAGUUCAUGCCUUAAACGCCUGAUAUUUUGUGUUUAAUAUAAAAGUUGAUGGAUUGAUAGUUAUUAUUAACUUCAAAUUUCUUUCUUUGUCAUAAAUAAUCUUUUUCAUUCCAUAAUAAAUUGAGCUAAUUCCCUGUUCUAAGUAGUUGUGUUGCACAGUUGGUAUAUCAGUUACCUAUGCAGGUAAUUUUGCAGUUCUGCUGUUUUUAAAAUGGCCAUUUUGUGUGUUUGUUUGUGUGCGGGGGGUGGGGGGGAACAUGUUUUCCUUGCAAUUUCCCUUCGGCUCCCUCCCGCCCCAAGACUCUUUAUUUCUUCAAAAAUCCAUUUCAAGUGAACAAUAACUAUUCUGUUUCAGAGCAGGAAAUAAGAUUGUAUGUAAGUUUUCAGGUGUCAGUCUUCUAAAAUGUUCCAUGAUCAUUCUGAGCAAUAAAUUCUAAGAGUAGGUAAUUUUGUUAGAACAAGGGUUGAAACCACAAAAUCUACAAUGUGUUUGCAUUGUACGAUAAUUUGCCAGGUUCUGUUUAAUGCCACACUUCUGAAUAGGUUGUUACUUUUAAAUUUAUCUGCAGUUUUAUCUGUUGCAUAAUGAUUUGCAAUAUGCUCUUUCAAUUUGUUGCAUACUCUGUUAGUUCUAAGGGUCUGAUUUUUGCAUUUAAACUUUAUCAUGUUAAACCAACAUCAUCUAAACUUGAAAUUUGAAUACACAGUGACACCAUGAAUAACAAGAAAUGAUUAUUUUAAUGAAUGGGACAUAAAGUUCAAAGUAACUGUAUACUAUAUAUAACCCUGAGAUUCAUUUUCUGGUGGGUAUUCACAGUAAAUACAAAGAAACACAAUAGAACCAAUGAAAGACACGAUAGAUAAAUAACCAAUGUGCAAAAGACAACAAACUAAACAAAUACAAAGAAAAAAUAUAAUAAUAAAUAUCGAGAACAUGAGAUGAAGAGACUUUGAAAGUGAAUCUAUGGGGUUGUGUUCAGUUCAGUGAUUGGGCAAGUGAAGUUGAGCGAAGUUGUCCCCUCUGGUUCAAGAGCCUGUUCCUGAUCCUGGUGGUGUAGGUCCUGAGGCUCCUGUACCAGCUUCCUGAUGGUAGCAGUGAGAAGAGAGCAUGGCCUGGAUAGUGGGGGUCCUUGAUAAUGAAUGCUGCUUGCCUGCAAGAGCACUCCAUGUAGAUGUGCUUAAUGCUGGGAAGGGCUUUACCUGUGAUGGACUGUGCCAUAUCCACUACUUAGCGGUCACUUUUUGAUUCCACUUUAGUGACUUUUAUUUUAAUUCGGUGCUUGGUUUUAUGUGUUGGUGGAACAAGCUCUUUGACCAAGACAGAAGGUUUUUAUUUGAGCUGAUUGGCGGUAUCUAAAUAAGAUAUUCAAUUGUGCUAAUAAAGUAAUGUUGUGUUGUAUCAUGAAGAUGAUUGAUAAAACAGUGGUUGAAAUAUCAUGGGGAUCUCAUUUAGCAGUGAACAUUGAUAUUAUAGUGAAUGUUCAGAGAAAUGUGACAGCUGUGCGAUGCAUGGAAGUCUGAGCUAUAUAGUGGCUUGCUGUAUUAAUCAUUUCAACUCCAGGAAAAUAGAUUCAGAUUUGAAGUUUUUAAUCCUGCAAAACCCAGAUGUGUAGUUGAACAAUUCAAUUUCAGACAAUCUUGCAACUAGUUUUUACAGAUGAGGCUUGUUCUCCAAGAAUAUGAUCUUCCAUCAUCUUCCCAUGCGAAAUAACUAUAGUUCAAGUGUAGGAUAUAUUUUUCACAUAAUCUGCAACAACAAAAUUCUACUAACUGUAGAAUUCACACAAUAAUCAAUAAUCUCACACAAUAAUAAUAGUUACUGAGAGAUUUUUAGUUGUCAGAUAAACAAGAAAAACUUCCAAAAUAAAGUUGAGAUCUUCUGCAUGCAAGUGCUGACAGAGCCACGAUGAUUAAUGUCUGGAACAUCACUUCAGAAAUUGGAACAUUGGUCUGCAGUUUGUGCUUGUUUUUUGCUGAACUUGAGCCAACACAUUGUAUUUACUGUGUUUGUCCGCAAUAAAAUGAAUCCCAGGGUGUAUAUGGUGACAUAUAUGUACUUUGAUAAUAAAUUUACUUUGAAUUUUCCCAUCACUAAACAAAACGAAGUUAUUGGGACAAGUUUGUUUUUGAUAUGAUAAACCUACAGUGUUUGUGCAGAAUAUUUAAGACGCUACUUGUGGAGUACAAUAGAUUGCAGUGUUGUAGUGUUUGUUUCGGUUUGGAUAUUGAGCAAAAGAGUAGGUUGGAAGGAAAAAUGACAGCUCUGAAAGAGUCACCUUUAUUCGGAAGCUUGAGUGCAUUGUGUCACGUUCAGGGCAAUACUAUUUGGUGCAAAUAUUCACACCAUCUUUGUACCUAGAGCAAUAAAGACCUUUCGCACAAGCCCUUUUAGAUACAUAAUAAUUAAAUGACACCAGCAUUACAGAUGAAACUGCAUUAUAAAAAUCCAGUCCAAUUUAACACCAGUAUGUUGGACAAAAAUUAGCCCUAGGGAAGAUGCCAUGUUGUAAUGUUUGUGGAUCUAGAAAGUAUGGCAAUUUUUGUUUUUAAUAGGUGACACCUGAUUUGCUUUGUAUGUGUUCUGUCCUGUCUGGUAGUGUAAAUGGGCCAAGAGUAGUAUCUUUGCUUCUGUCAAGUGUUAAAUUCUAUACUCAGGAAGUAAUCGUAGAGUUGUCUAAACUGUUAUUCUGGUUUCAGGGUAAUAUUAAUCUUGUAAUAUUCAGUGGCCUUGACUUCUAGAAUUCUUUAACCAAAUGAAAGGAAUUUUGAAAUAAUACUCAUUUGCAUAUUAAGAAAAUAGUGUCAUUAACUGAACAUCUUAUUUUCUCAAUUUCCCUGAAACAACAACUAAAGAAGUACCUUCUAAGCUGUUGUAAAGUUCUUAAACAUGGCAGUUGCUUUAUGCUCGAUCUGGUCCUUCAAGCAGCAGAGUGAUGAAUAAGAAGUGUAAUCUAUCUCUUGAUGAGGAUGAUUUUAGAGAAAUAAUUGGCCAUGUACUGGGUGGGGGGUGCAGUAAAGAAACUCACUGUUCUUCGAAUGUUGCUAUAGGAUUUAUUGCAUCCAUCUGGAGAGACGUAAUGGUCUCUCAAAAGAUGGCAGCUGAGAUGAUGCUGUACUGAAGUGAAACAAGAACUUGCCAACUGAUUUGAGUAUGAUACCAACUGGGUCAAGGCAGUGUUUUGUCAGAUUUUUCUUUUUCCCCAUUUGAGGCAAUUUUGAUGCUGAAGAAAAUAGAGGAAUCUUGCACUGAUAAAUGAAUUGAUUCCUUAUGCAUUACAACUGUAAUGUAACUAUUCUGGAUAUUGACUUGUCAUAAAACAUUUACUGAUCCAAUUACUCCUAUUUAAUUGUGUUUUUAUUUUCCCCACUUGCAAGGUGAAAUUCAGUUUAAAACCUUAAUUCCUCUUCAACGGUGGCCUCGGACAUAGCAGGCCAAUGUCUGUGAAAGUAAAAUUGUAAGGCUUAUAGCAGUUGCUCAUUAAGGGUUGCCUCCCUUUUGCUUUUUGAGGCUCUUUUCCAUGACAACUAAUGAAAAACACUUUGCCACAGUUGAAUGUAAAAUUGUGGGAAACAUUGAAAUAACCCCACAUCAAUCAUUUAGUAGGAAAAAUUAUAAAGCAAACUGCUGUUGUCUCACGACACAGUGACUAUGUUUGGUACUGUUUUUUUAUUUUGGUAUUGAGGCUGAUUUGUAGAUUCCUUCAGUGACCGCAUUCUCAAAAUUUGUUAGUUUUCCAACAAAAAGCAUUCCAGGUCAUGGGGCUAACAGUUAUUGCCUAAUGUCCUUUAGAAUCUUUUAAUUAUUUUGCUUUGUUAUGAAGAAAAUAAACCUACAUAAUAAAUGCAGUUAAAACAUUUUUAGCAUCUCAUAUUCCUGCUAAUGGACUCAGCUGAUACUUUACUAAACUUGCUGAGUUUAAAUUAGAAAUGUAAAGAAGUGAUAAAACAUAUGAACAUUGCCUUUAAUUGUACAAACUGUAUUUUAACUCAAAUUGUUUCUAUUAUGUUUAUGUAUAUAUGAUUUUAUAAAUAUUAAAGUGUACUUUGUGUGAAUUGUAGUUGCUUGUAUUUAAUGUCUUCUGUUUGAAUAAUUAUGAACUUUCAGGUGCUGAGUUGUAGGACGCAAAUUUGCCAAGCUAUUGCCACAUAAAAUGCAGUGAGUUCAUCUUGGUAAUAAACUUUCAAGUUCUUUAUUCCAUCUCCUCUUCACUCCUACUGUGACCUCUGUCCAAAACCAAGAUUGAAUUUUACAUUGAUUUGUAUGUAGAUUUGGAAGAUGCAUCGUAACUAUACAGUUGAAUAAAAGAUGCUAUGCAAGUACAAUGUAACCUGGAAACUAGUGUCUAAUCUGUACGCUGAAAGUGUAUAAAUUCUUGUAUAAAUACAGUAUAAUAAAAAGUU